GCAGAUCAUGUGUGCUUAGCGCCCUCUGCUGUAAGCAUAUUAAACUAAAGCCAAAAAAAAAAUCUAAUUGGAAUUGUUUUUCAGCUGUGCCAUGUAGCAGCUGUUUAAAACUAAUUCUCCUUUCGACCUUAAAUUUAAAUUGGAAAUUCAAGUUUUUAACAGCAGCCUUUAAAACUAAAUUCGCCGGAGUAACAUGUGGAGGCUAAUGAAUAAUUUCGAUCAUCGAUUGUACAAACUGAGCCGCCAAAAACUACAGAGUUUGGCCAGACGUCGCAUGCCCCAUAUGAGGACAUCCGUCGUGCGUAGGCAAAGCACACAGCAGGGCGAAUCUACAUGGAUCUCAGGCGAAAAUGAAAAGCCGCAACGGCAACUGCGCUGGGGCAUUGCGCCCAUCAACAUCUUGGCUGAAGAUUUUGUUACCGCAACAACCACGUUGCCACCGGAGAAGCACCGCAUCACUGCCUGCAUGGGCACCUAUCGAUCUCAAGCACUCGAAUUUGCCGAUCGCUACAAAGUACCUAAUGUCUUUACCAGUUUUGAGGAUUUGGCGCGCUGCCCAGAUGUAGAUGCUGUCUAUAUAUCGCCGCUGAAUUGCAUGCAUUGUGAGUUGUGUCACCUGAUGCUCAACCAUGACAAGCACGUACUAUGUGAACAACCACUCUGCAUGGCUGAGCAGCAAGUAGUACAGCUUGUGACGAAGGCAAAGGCACGUGGCUUGUUUCUGAUGGAGGGGGUCUGGUCGCGUUGCCUGCCCUCCUAUGAGUAUAUGCGGAGCGAGAUCGCUAAAUCAAAACUGGGAGUUGUCUAUGAUGUUAGAUGUAGAUUAGGCUGGGAGCUGCCAAACGCUCAGACCAGCUCAUCGGCCUAUGCAGGUGUAACAAGAAACUGGGCCGCUGACUGCAUACAGCUAGCGUUGUGGAUCUAUCAAGAGGUGCCGAUGUUUGUGAGGGUUGACGGCAAGCUCAAUGACGCGGGCGUUGAUAUAAUAGCCGAAAUAGAGCUGUCCUUUAGAAACAAUCGUCGUGCUGUGCUGGAGCUGAGCGCGGAGAAGAAUCUUGCGAACAUGGCCACUAUACGCGGUACCAAGGACUGCAUCAUAAUGAACAACUUCUGGUCUCCCACGUUAUUGUUUUUCAAUAAUAGAGAAGUCGAGUUCAAGUUGCCGACGACUGAGUGUAAAACCUAUUUCGACAGUCGCGUUGGCAUGUGUUACGAAAUUGAGGAGGCCCGUAAGUGCAUACUCAAUGGACGCACCGAGAGCAAGCUGUUCAAUCAUAGCGAGAGUCAAUUGAUGGUCAAUUUGAUUGAUCAAAUAACGGACAUGAUGGCAGUUAAAGAUAAACAUGUAAAGGUACAACGUGUGGCCGCUAUUCAGUAAUAUAAUGGUUGGUUGUGUAAAAA